ACCUCGGAUCCUUGGCUCAACCUACAGCAGGCUACAAAUUAACCAGUUAAUAAUACAUGUUAAAAGGUGACAGUCGUACAUCUUCCCAAGGUAUUGAUUCGGCUUUGUCAGGUCGCCAAUGCACUGCACACUCUUACCAAGUGGGACCCAAACUAUAUAGAAUGGUUUAGAACAACACAACCACAUUAGUGGAACUUAUUAGAACUUCAUCAGCACUAGACCAAAAUCCACCAAGUAGGAAUACCUAACUUUAAUUGUAUGUUUUGACUAUUAGUUGAUAUGAGCAACAAAUAAUUGAAGAGUGGAGCCCUGACUCCGACCACAUUUGUCUCCAUUUCCACAAAUCAAAAUCUCAUGUCCCUUCGAACAUGGAGCCAACUCUUACAACUAUUUGCCCACCCUAAUCGUAUUUCUAUCAAAUCAUCAUUUAUUUGCGCGAAACAUUGGUAUCCUGCAAUAAUUAUUUACUUCUACGUGGAAUAAAACACCCAAAACAUACAUACCAAAUGUCAUAACCUACAAGUUCUUUGGUCCACUUUAUAAAUUAACCUUGAGGUGGAGGAACAAUGAGGGUGCUUUUUUUUUUGAAAUUAAGCUAUUAGAAAUAAAGUAAUUAAAGAUAAUAAUGUUUCAUUUUCAGGAUGAUGUAAUUCAAAGGUGCAACAAAGCAUUUGUUCUAAACUUUUCUAGAAUAUAAUAUUAAUGUUACCAAGUCUAGAGCCAACAUAUAAACCCCACCAUGCAAACAUGUAUACUGUCACGUGUAUAUAACAGACAAAUUGCUUUGUUGUUCAAUAUUCACAUAUCAACAAAAGCAGUCCAUCGUCAAUCUAUCCGCAGAUUAAAGAAUCAUAUACUCAAAAAAAAAACAGUUAAACACUAUCGUUCUAAUAUAAGUUAAAACAGCAGUUUUGACCAAAAGAUUGGUUUAUGAUGGACGUUGAACCGGUGAUGUGCGAGUGUUGCGGAUUAACGGAAGAUUGUACGCAACACUACAUUAGUGAAGUCAAAGCUAACUUCGCCGGAAAAUGGCUUUGUGGACUUUGCUCCAAGGUGGUUAGCGACGAAGUCAGCCGAGAUCUGAAGCAGACAACGAUGGAGGAAGCUCUUAAUGCUCACGUGUUGUUUUGUGGCAAGUUUAAAGCUAACCCGGCAGAACUGGUCGCUGACGGCAUGAAACAGAUGCUACGUAGGAGGUCAGGUGACAUGUUGCCGGCCAAGUCCAAGAUGUUCGGAAGAUCUAAGUUCUAACACCAAGUAGUUGUGUUACACAUCUUGUUCUCUCAGUACUUUCUUCUCUUUUAGUGUUGGCUAAUGUAUAAUACAAUAAAAAAUGUAAAUCAGUACACUCAAACAACUAUUGCCAGUAAUCUUUGCAAGAACACAAGCCAUCUUUAUAACAGUGAAACCUAGUUCAAUAUCUCA